UGAUAAAUGACGCAUAAACUUUCAAGUUAAAAUAAUUGACAGUUCUUUUCGAAGCCAUUUUAUAGCUAUUUCUAUUUUAAUUUAUUGACUUCAUCUUUAUUAAGUACCUAGGUAUGCGUAUUUAUUUUUAACGCUAUGGGUAGCGACAUCGAUAACUUUGGCGAUAGCGCUCGCAAUCGCUCAAAGUACGAUCUGUACGUGAAAAAAUCGAACCACGUAUUCGACGGAGCUGGCGAAAAUGUGCACUAUCACAGCGAUACUGAGUCUCAAGGGUCCAAGAAGAGUAAAACACGGUACAUCAACCCAGCAAUUUGUAUAGAAACAGUUGAAUCUACUCAUUCUGCGACGUCUUUGCAAACUGAUUCUUCUUUCAUCGAUGAAGUCACGCCGCAUCCGCACAGUUCUUACAGGAGUUUUUCCACCCCUUUCCUAACUGGGCGUAUAUCCAGUGCCUCGUCCGGAAGCGUGAAGCGCAAAUCGUGUCGUCUCGCUUGUCAAGAAGCGUGUUGCGAGGAAGCGACGCCGCGCGAUAAUCGCACGUAUCGCGAAGAUGGUUCAGAUACGUUUCGCUUGUCCGUCGCGUCAGCUUCUACUACGGCCACGGCUAAGGAAGAACGCGAGCGCAAUGAGAGGAAGAAGCGAGAAGCGUUUGAGCAGUGGUUGGCACGAAAAGAACACGAGAAACGAGAAAAAGCACGUCUCGAGAAGAUGAAGCUGCAAGUCGCGGCAUCAACAACGCCCGAACAACGGGAAGAGUCGUUUAAGAAGUGGCUGGAGCAUAAGCGGACGCAAAUGGAGAGACGCAAAGCGGAAGAAAUCAUGCGACAGUACCGCUCCAAAGAGCAACGCGAGCAAGAACGCCAGAAACGACAGAGAGAGAAAGAAGUGAAAUUGGCAGAGUGGAUUAAGAAAAAAGAAGAGGAGAUGAAAUUAAUGAAAACUCGAGCCGAACGCAAAGCUGCACGCGCGGCCAUAGAGGAAGAGCGUCGGCGGGUGGCGGGCGAGCGAGCGUAUCGCGACUGGCUCCGAACCAGCAAGAAUAAACCGCUGCCUGUGCCUUUGAACCAGGGAGAACUCAGUCUGCGUGGUUCAGUUUCUCAAAUGUACAUAAACCCGGUCCCAUGGCAGUCCCCAACAUGAAGAUCAGAACUUAGCUCAACUCUGAAGCUCCCACGACCCACACAGAUUUAACGGCACCGGUUUUGCAUUAGCUAUUGGCUAUAUUGCAUAUCUAUUCUUUCUACCUUAAUAAAAUUAUCGUGGAACCAUAAUAUUAGCAUACACAGCGAACGAAAUUCUGUGGGUAUUGGCAUUUUAUAGAGUUGAAUUUCACCAUUGAUGUGUAGACACAACAACAACAAUCAAAAUAACGACUAUGGCAACAAACUUACGGGGUAGGUAGUUCACCUCUAAACUUUUUAAAUUUAUUAUUUUAGAUUAAAUUUUGAAUUUUUAGAAUAGCUUUUUGUUACGUAUUACCUAGACUGUAACUUUCUCUUAUCAUGUUAUUAUUGAAAAAUAAUAAAUAUAAUUUUUAACUAUGUGGCAUC